CAGGUGCCGAGGCCUUCGUCGGUCUUACCCCGGCGACGGUUCCAAUUCACAUCCCCCGCUCGUGCCCUCUCUCUCUCUGCGCGACGCCUGGGUGGGCUACCGCCGCCACGGCGCCAGGUGCGGAGGCCUUCGUCGGUCAAGCCGGCGACGAGCACCCACAAGGUGGCCGACAAUUUUGCAACGCUUUAUAAGAUCUGUGACAGUUUAUAUUUUGCAGUUGAAGCUCCGUGAUUGUGCUGUGGCACAUUCUGUUUUUGUCUUAUGAUAUGGCAGAAUCAUGUACUGUUUCGAAUUCCGAGAAUAAGCGCAGUCUCCCAGCAUGGAUGUUGAAAGCAACCUCAGGUAAUCAAGUGGCAAAGACCGAAGAUCAGAAUAAGCAGGCACUGGAAUCUGAUGAGCAGAUUGGGGCUCUUAAUCAGAGCAAGCCCGUCAAAAGGAAUAACAGAAGGCCGUUAAAAAGCUUGGAUUCAGGGGCUGCUGGUGAACUGGGAGUUUUGCGGCGAUGUGAGGGUAGAGAAAAGGCCAGAAGAAAGGGCAAGGAUGGUGUCAAAGAUGAAGUUGAAGAAAUUGUGGAAGUAAAGAGUAAGAAUGUAAGAAAAGCGAGUGGAAGAGCUGCUCCGAAGAAUAGCAGGAAACGGAAGCUGGAUGUCAAUUCAGAACCAUCAUCACCAGUAUCAACUGAUGAUGACAUAGAGCUUACUGUUGAGGAUCUUGUGAACAUAGCUGAAGAGUUUGUUAAUGCUGAUAAACAGAAACAAUGUGAACUUGAAGCUGUGAAGGCUACCAGACAGAAAGAGCAUCUUCUGUGCCCUACAAUUUCCACUGAGGCAGAUAAAGGACAGUCAGUAGUAAAUGCUCAAUCAGUGGAAGGAUUGAUGCAGUGCACAACAGUCACAAGAAAUACGAGAGCAAUCGAGUAUACAGAAGACGAGAACACAAGCCAUCAAGAGGUGCAGUGUCCGUCAAGUAUCAAAACGACAGAAGAUGUUGCUCAGGAUAUGAUAACCCUGUUAUUCGGUCAUCUAUUGAGUAAACCUGCAGGCAGCACAAAGAAAUCUGAUCCUGUAGAAUCAAUGACUAGAACUAUAAAUCAGGUGCCAGAGGAGAAAGGCUGGCAUAGCGAAGUACCAAGGCAGGAGGAACCUUUGAAGAAAUCAGAGCCUGUAGAAUCAAUGACUUCGACCAUAAAUCAUGUGCCAGAGAAGAAAGACUGGCGUAGCGAAGUACCAAAGCUGGGCGAACCUGUGACGAAGAAGAAGAGCAGCCUGAGAGAUAAGGUGGCCUUGUUUAUGUGACUGCAUCAGAUGAGCAUUGGGCAGUAGAAUGUGAUUCGUAUGAGGCCGCAUCUGCUGGUUCUGAGCGUGUCUUGCCCCCUGUAAAUAUGCCCCGUCCCACUACAUUAUUUUUACAUGUAAUUAUCUUUAUUAUAUCUUUGGUUAAUAAGCUGGCCUUUUGAAAUCUAGUAAGCCACAGCAGCCCUCAUGUCCAUGUGUAUAUGUUCUGUCAUUGUUGCUAGAUGGCAUUCCUGUGUAUAAAUGAUGUGUGGUGCGUUUUCUA